AUGAGGACCAAGAAGAGAGGUAACCAGGGGCCUCCCUCCGAGACCGACUACGAGAUUCUUCAUUUGAAGCGAGCUAUUGUGGCGCCCAAUGCAGGGGAACAUUCUUGCGACAAAUGCAUCGGUAUAUUGGUCAAGCCACUUCCAGAGCCUUUCCAGCGCGCUUUUACGAAGUCGAAAGACUAUUUCCGGCUCGACGUGACCACCAGUAAGGUCCAAAAGAUGGCAGCAUCCGGGUGCGCUUUCUGGACCAUGAUCCAAGAGCGCCUGGAGUUCGAAGCGUUUAAGGUGGUGCUGGAGCAGCAAUGCAGCAAAGUUGAGUACAACCUUCAGAAGCAUGACGGGCGUUGGUCAAACGUGCACUACGAAGCCCUCGCAGCCUCUAUGGGAGAAGAGCAGGUGAAGGAGUAUCAACGACUAUGUCAAGCCAUGAGGAAAUUGCCCUGGCGGUCCGCAUCACGCGACGACGAAUCGGUCGGGGCAGUUGCCGCAGAUGUAGCAGAAGAUUUCGUGAGAAUCCUGGUGGCUUACACAAACAUCGACGAUGACAACCCGGGAGACUAUGACGACCAGUCAGCAAAAGUGGAUGUUAACAUCAUUGUGCGGCCUAACCCAGCCGGAGAACGAUUCAAGAGUGUGCGAUGGAUUUCAUUUUGGGUGUCAUUCUUUGCCUUGGGACUUCCAGGCAAGUAA